AUGCCACCACGAUUGAACUUCUGGUCGGCCUGCCGAGCACUUACGACGAGAACCCACACCUUUGCCCCGAGGUUACUAGUCCGACCGGCAACGCAGACGAGGGGAUGGGCUGACAAGGCGACAUCGGGAUUUCCCCCCUCUGGGUCGGGCGCACCGCCCCCAUUACCCCCCAACGACGCGGGCAACCAACAACCCGCCUUCACCAGCCCUGAAAACGAGGAGGCAUUGACACAGUUGCGCAUGAUCGAAUACGGUGUUACGUCUCUGGACCCCGCUGUCGAUGGCCACAAGUAUGGCAUGCCCGACCGGUUCAUCCCACCAGCGAAGCAAGUGAAGAAACGAUACGAUUCCGUGGUCGCCCAAGUUACGAGGUUAAUGAUGCAGGAUGGCAAGUUGGCCAAGGCACAGAGGGACAUGGCCAUGAUCCUCAACUAUCUCCGCACAUCACCACCCCCCCGCCUCGACCCAUCGAGGCCGCUCCUGCCCGGCUCCCCUCCACCGAACCAUCUCCCACUCGACCCGACCCUCUAUCUCACCCUCGCCAUCGACUCCGUCGCACCCCUCGUCCGGAUCCGGGGUUACAAGGGCAUGGCUGGUGGUGGUCGGUCGUUCGAUGUCCCCAUGCCGCUGGAGCUGCGCCAACGGAGGAGGACAGCGUUCAAGUGGAUUCUGGAUGUGGCUCGCAAGAAGCAGUCGAGGGGGAGUGGUCGGACUAUGUUCCCACACCGCGUGGCGGAGGAGAUUGUUUCGGUGGUUGAGGGGCGGUCUUCCGUUUGGGAUAAGCGUCUCCUGGCUCACAAGUUGGGAACGGCCAACCGUGCCAACUUGAUCCAGGCCCAGCGGAAGAAGUUGAUUUAA